AGAGAAAGAUCAAUGGAGUGAGGCCCUCUCAGGCAAGUCCAAUAGCCAUCUUCCGGGAAAGCGAUUUCUCAAAAUCACCGACGACCAAUUAUCACCAUUUGACUCACUCAUCUUCUUCAUCAUCAAUACCAUCACCUUUCUCCACAUGAAUCACAUGCUACUUUCCAUCUUCAUCACCCAAUAACUUCCCCAAAUCCCCUAACCAUGGUUUCCCUCUCAACCAACCCUUUCUUUCACCUCACUCCACAAAAAAAUACUCCCCCUUCUACUAGAUUCCAUCCCACAAACAACAACGCCAAUCCACUCCAUAACAACAACAACAACAAGCACUGUAAUAAAAUUCGCAGAAAAGUUGUUUGUGCUUGCAUCGCUCCUCCACGUAAUUUCAACUCCCAAGACUCUUCCGCCAUUCAAUUCAAUGGUUCAUCCAAAUCAGAACAGUUAAACACAAUUCGGGAUAAUGACGAUGAUUCUGAUGUUCUUAUCGAGUGUAGAGACGUAUACAAGUCUUUUGGGGAAAAGAAAAUCUUAAAUGGUAUCAGCUUCAAGAUCAGGCAUGGUGAAGCUGUUGGAAUAAUUGGUCCCUCUGGGACUGGCAAAUCUACAAUUUUGAAGAUUAUAGCGGGACUUCUUGCUCCGGACAAGGGAGAAGUUUAUAUUCGAGGUAGAAAGAGAAGUGGUUUGAUAAGUGAUGACGAGAUAUCGGGUCUUCGGAUUGGAUUAGUGUUCCAAAGUGCGGCACUUUUUGAUUCUUUGACUGUUCGUGAAAAUGUUGGUUUUCUCUUGUAUGAACACUCAAGCAUGCCUGAGGAACAGAUAUCAGAGCUUGUGAAGGAAACCUUGGCUGCAGUUGGUUUAAAGGGAGUUGAGGAGCGGCUUCCUUCUGAGUUAUCAGGCGGAAUGAAAAAGCGAGUUGCUUUAGCUCGAUCUAUUAUUUGUGACACCACAAAGGAUUCAAUAGAACCAGAGGUGCUCUUAUAUGACGAGCCAACUGCUGGACUUGAUCCCAUCGCAUCUACCGUUGUUGAAGAUCUGAUUCGCUCUGUCCACAUAAAAGGACGAGAUGCACUUGGAAAACCCGGUAAUAUUACAUCUUAUGUGGUUGUUACUCACCAACACAGUACCAUUAAAAGAGCCAUUGAUAGGUUGUUAUUUUUACACAAGGGAAAGGUUGUUUGGGAAGGAAUGACUAACGAAUUUACUACUUCAACUAAUCCAAUUGUUCAGCAGUUUGCAUCCGGGAGCCUAGAUGGUCCUAUCAAAUAUUAGAACAGUAUUGCGGUAGUAAAAGAUGUAUUAUAGUGUGCAAAUAGGAAUGGAAAUGGAUACAGGCUGUAGCUUUCAAAUGGCAACUUUUGAGAUGAGCAAUAAAUUGGUUGCAAUAAGGAUUAAAGGGUUUGUCAGGGUGGUUUUCAUAAAGAAUUUGGCCUUCUGGGUUUAAAUUGGAAGCUAGAAGGACUGUUUGGUGCUGUUACUGGCAUAGCUAUAAGGACAGCAUAUUGCAUGCACGCCAUAAGUAUACCCUGUGGAAGUUGAGUAGGUAGUAGAAAUUGAUAGAACUCAUUGUUGUAACAUUAUUUAUUCUAUUCUAUACGGAAGCUAAAUUAAAUUACUUGCUGUUUUCUGUAAACAAUUCAUUGUAUUCACCAGGCAUGCUUCAGGCUUUUGAAGUUUUGGCCUUGAAACCAAUUGAUUGUGCGUCUCUCUA